AUGAACAAACUAACAAUCUCAUCAAUUUUAGCAACUAUCGUGUUGAUAAUAGAUAUAUAUUUUGGAUAGCACACAUACAGCUUUAGUAAUUGUAUAACAAAGUACUUAUAAGAGUAAUUUGAAUAUGGUUAAGAAAAAGGGGGAUUUGGUAUCAAUUCAAUAUAAUUAUAGAGUUUUUUUUUUUGAUUUUUUCAACAGCUGGUGAUGCGAUUGUAACUAACAUUCUAACAAUUCUAAUAUGGUUUAAAACUACUAAUAAGGUGUAAAUAUUAAAAAUAGUUACUAUGAACGUUGUUGCUUCAUCGAUAGGAAAUUUAAUAAAAAUGAUAUCUGCUCAACCCAGACCAUUUUAUAUAGAUGAUUAAAUAAGAUUGGAUUUUUGCUAUACAGGUUAUGGGGAUCCAAGCGGUCAUUCAUUAAGACCAUUUGUUUUUUUUGUUUUGCUAUUUGAAACAAUACUUUGCCAAAAGUAUUUCUAUGAAAAUAAUGUAUUUUUGAAUUAAGAAACUCAAUUUCAGGGUCAUCUUCCAUCAAGUGUUAUUCAAUAAUCAAUUUCAUGGUAUUGCUGAUUAAAUUUAUUUUAGUCGAUAGAGAUUUUAGUUGUUAUAUCCUAACUCUCCAAUCAGUUUUAGAUAAUGUUAAAUCUUAAUGGGAAUAUUUGUCUUUAUGAUCGGGAUUGGUCGAUUAUAUUUUGGAGUUCAUUUUUUAAACCAAAUUAUAGUAGGUUGGAUCCUGGGACUAUAUCUUUUAUAUAUCUAUUAUUUCUGCGGAUUAGAAGACUUUAUUGAUUGUCUAUUCAUAGAAGCUAAAACAAUUAAAAGUUAGGCCAUAUGCAAGAAAAUAACAAAGUAUAUAAAAAUGGGUUUGAUAAUAUCAUUCCUUUACUCUAUAGCUUUGGUUAUUUAUUACUUUAGACAUUAUUCUGAAUAAAUAAUUGGCGAAAAGGAAGAAUGGAGAAAAUUUAUACUAAAAUAAAUAAAGUGUCUUUAUAAUGGAAAUUAUAGUUACGAGACAAAAUUUGAAGCUUCAGAUGUUUAACAUAUAACAAUAAUUUUUUUCCCUUUAUACCUGUUUAUUCUUUAUGAGCAACAGACUGAAUAAACGAAAUUUAGUCCAUUAAGAGUUUGGUGUUCUUAUAGCAAUAUAGGAAAAUUAGCAAUUAAUUUAUUCUGUUUCUUAAUUAAAUGGAAAUAGAUAGAGAUUUUUCAAUAUUUUCAACAUUUAUUGCCAAGAUUAAUGAUUACUUUAUUUUUUAUGCAUAUCUACUAUUUAACAUAUGCACUCAUACUAUUAGUAUUGAUCCCCUUGAUAACAGCAGUAGGAGAAACAAUCAUAUAGUCUUAUCAAAAAUAAAAUGAAACUAUUUAGGUUGACCAGAGUGAAAUUGAACUUUGA